AUGAAGAGUGAAUUGUAUCAGAAUUACUCAGAGGUGAUUGAGUUUAUUCUUCUGGGAUUUAAAACCGAUUUAGAGAUACAGAUCAUUUUAUUCCUACUGUUUUUGCUAAUCUACAUAGCCAUUUUGGUGGGAAAUAUGAGCAUGAUACUUGUCAUUAAAGUGGAUUCCAGACUUCACACCCCUAUGUAUUUCUUUCUCAGAAAUUUGUCUUAUUUAGACCUGUGCUACUCCACAGUCAUUGCUCCCAAAACCCUAGCCAACUUCUUAUCUAAUGAAAAGAAAAUUUCUUACAAUGGCUGUGCAGCCCAGUUUUUCUUCUUUGUCCUCUUUGUCACGACAGAGUGCUUCAUUCUGGCUGUGAUGGCAUUUGAUCGAUUCUCAGCCAUUUGUUCUCCUCUCCUUUACCCUGUGCACAUGUCCCAGAAGGUCUGUGUUCAGUUGGUUACUGGCUCCUAUAUCUGUGGAACCAUUAAUGCUGUAGUUCAAACAAUUUUCACCUUCUGUUUGCAUUUCUGUAAAGAAAACAGACUGGAUCACUUUUUCUGUGAUGCCCCAGUCCUGAUUGAGAUCUCGUGUGAUGACACCUUUGUGAAUGAGAUUGUGAUGUGUGUUUUCUCUGCUUUUAUCAUCAUUGCCACGACAACGGCUAUCCUGAUAUCUUAUGCUUAUAUCCUUUCCACUGUCCUGAAGAUCCCCUCGACUCAGGGCAGGAGUAAGACCUUCUCCACCUGUGGCUCCCAUGUAGCAGUGGUGAGUUUAUUCUAUGGGACUAUAUUCUUCAUAUAUGCUCAGCCUGGGGGCCUUUCCUCACCCCAGCAAAACAAGAUUGUUGCUGUGUUCUACACACUUAUAAUACCAAUGCUCAACCCUCUAAUAUAUAGUCUGAGAAACAGAGAUGUGAAAGAUGCUGUGAAAAGGAUGUUAUGUGGGAAAUGGUCCUCAUAUUGA